GUGGUCAAGCAGAGCCUCACCGAGCGGGUUGGUACAGGCUCCUGACGGCCUUUUGGGAGCAACUGGCACAAAAAAGCUGACAUAUGUCGGUGCUGCUGGGAGAAGGAGGAGUUCCUGCUUGCCUUGAGGGGGAGGGGAAGCACAAUCUUGGGUCCGUGUUCUAGGUGCUGCAGGACAGACGGUGGUUUUUGGGCACCAUGGCUACAGACCCACUCUCAGAGCUUCAGGAUGACCUGAACUUGGAUGAUACCAACCAGUCCCUCAGCCAGCUCAAACUGGCCUCCAUAGAUGAUAAGAACUGGCCAGCAGAUGAAGUCCCUGCGUUCCCCAAAUCAGAGGACUCCAAAGGCUCCCCUGAGCCCGUCACUCACCUGCGAUGGGAUGAUCCCUACUACGAUAUCGCCAGGCACCACAUUGUGGAAGUAGCAGACCAGGGUGCACUUGAUGGGGCCCAACCAGGUGAUGACAAAUAUGGAAGGAAAGUCAUUUUGUUCAGUGCCUGCCGGAUGCCCCCAAGUCAUCAGCUUGAUCACGUGAAACUGCUGGGGUACCUGAAAUUCACACUGGACCAGUAUGUGGAGAGUGAUUACACACUGGUGUAUCUGCACCACGGCCUGACCAGUGAGAACAAGCCAUCCCUGAGCUGGCUGCGAGACGCCUACAGGGAAUUUGAUCGCAAGUACAAGAAGAACAUCAAAGCCUUGUACAUUGUGCACCCAACCAUGUUCAUCAAGACCCUGCUGAUUCUCUUCAAGCCUCUGAUCAGCUUUAAGUUUGGACGAAAAAUCUUUUAUGUGAACUUCCUCAGUGAGCUGGAGGAGUACGUGAAGCUGGAACAGUUGGGGAUCCCGAGCCAAGUGCUGAAAUACGAUGAAUAUCUGAGAUCCCUGCAGAAGCCUGCCCAAGUGCCCCAGAAGCCAACACCCCCACGCCCACCACUGCCAAACCAGCAGUUUGGAGUCUCGCUCCAGCAUCUAAGGGAGAAGAGCCCUGAUCAGUCUCCUGUUCCUCUGGUGGUCAGAGAGACCAUUGCUCAUUUGCAGGAGCACGCUCUUGCAACAGAAGGGAUUUUCCGGAGAUCAGCCAAUACACAGGUUGUCAGGGAGGUCCAGCAGAAAUACAACAUGGGCGUGCCGGUAGAUUUCCAGCAGUAUGAAGAUGUCCACCUCCCUGCUGUGAUUCUCAAGACCUUCCUGAGGGAGCUACCCGAGCCCCUCCUCACUUUUGGCCUCUACAGCCAUGUUGUCAGCUUCCAGAGUGUGGAGGAGGAGAAUCGUGUGGACGUUGUUCGCAAAACGCUCCAAAGUCUGCCAGAAGAAAACUACGAAGUGCUCCAUUUACUGACAGCCUUCCUGGUGCAGGUCUCUGCUCACAGUGACAGAAACAAGAUGACAAACACCAACCUGGCAGUUGUGUUUGGCCCAAAUCUGCUGUGGGCCAAAGAUGUAGCCAUCACCCUAAAAGCCAUCAACCCCAUCAAUACCUUUACCAAGUUCCUGCUGGACCACCAGAAGGAGCUCUUUGAGAACGUGGAGGCCUGAAUCCAGGCCAGCCCAUUCCAGCACACUGUGCCCACCUUCCCACCUUCUUUCCCACCUUGUCUUGGAGCUGUGACCAAGCUGCCUCCAGUGUAAAGGGACCAUUGAUCCCCUGAGUGAUGAGCAGAAUGAGGGCUGUGGAGAUGGUGGAGAAAGUGUAAGUAAGCAGCAGAUCUCUAGCAUCAGGUGGGGAUGGGAGCUGGUCUCCCGGCUGCUGGGUGGAGUCCUCCCCAACCUGCCAGUCUGUGCAGCUCCUCCAGGGCUCAUCACCAGCCUGCCGCCCUAUAAUGACCCGCCUUCCUUUCCUCCUUCCCUCACCUGCCUUUUUUCUGCCCUCCUGGUCCCUUCCUCAGCAAAGAUUUUUUUUGGUUUAAACUCCCAACAGCCCCAGCUCGCUCCCCUUGCCUCAGCUGGGCUACCAGGGCUAGGGCAGACUUGCUGGGUUCGUGGCAGAGGUGUUCUUGCUCAGUGCCAUCUUCCAGCACUGAACAUGCAUCCUGCCUUCUCCCAGAGGCACCUGAAGCACUGAAGGGAGCAGGCAGCCCUUGUGCUUCAUGUAGCAUCGUGCUCUGCACUUCCAAACACCUCUCCAGGUCCACGGUUUUGACCAGCAAGUGAAAUACAGGUUCACAGCAUGUGGGCUGUUUAGACCUGCCAGACUGCAGCACAGGGAAGCUGAAUUCAGCCCGUAUUCCUCUGGGCUCACCCACUCCAGGUACUCUUCAGCUUUUACUGGGGUGAGGUUGCUCCUGUAGUUACCCAGCUCAGGUGUUUUUGUCCCUCCAGCAGCAUUUCCAGCCUGGCUGGGAAGGUUCGUGCUGGACCUGGCUGUGCAGGGGUCUGGCUGGGGCCCUUUCCCAGACGGGAGGAGGUGCCCUGGUGGCAUUGAGCUGCUGAACACCGUGAAGAUCACUGCCUUGCCCUGUGGCAGCAACACGAGGCCUCUUGUACUCCUUCAGGCGUGUGUACCUGUGCUGCCAGGCACAGCCUGCCUUGGUUCUUCUUUUUUCUCUUCCUUUUGAGCAGAACUUUCUCUAGCACAACGCAACAGUGAGCGUGGCCUUGAGGGGAGGUCUGGAGCCUCGCUCUGGGGUGCACCAGGUCUGGCUUACAGAUUUCUGCCCCGGUGCUGAGCUCUCGUGUGCCAAAGUUGUGAGGGAACAGCUAUUCCAUGCUGAGGGCCCUGCCCUCGCUCCUCCUCGCUUCAUUGUUCCCUUGCAUCCUGCCAUGGAAGCCUCCUCAGAUACAUCCUCUAUGCCCUGGAGAAAACUGGGAGGUCUGGAGGCAGGUUUAGGGCAGGAUGUGCCCGGUGCCUUCCCCGAGCAGGGCAUCGCUGUCGGUUUGGGGUGCAGCCUGCUGGUGGCCUGAGCUCAAAGCGAUCCCUGCCCUUAGCCUGGGCCCGAGGGAGCUUCUGAAGCGGGGAGCUUCUCGCCUUAUUCCUCUGGUGUAUUUACCUUUGUAUCUCAUGCCCUGCAUGCCUGGGCCAGUCCCGCUCCCUGUUGCAUCUGGCCCCGGGACAAACGGUUCGGACCAAACAGAACUCAUUUUUUUUACAAGCUACUGGAUGCUAAAUGGGGUUUGCCUCUUCACAGCCUUUCAGCCUGAACAAAAGCUGGUGCCCCAGCUGUAAUGAAAGGUAGCAAGCCCUGCUGCGGGGCUGGUGGAAGCGGCUGUUUCUGCUAAGCUGAGGAGCGGGGCUGGGUGCGAACACAGGGAGCGUGGUGGGGCAGCACCCGGCUGGCUGGGAGGAGGCACAGCGGGUGGGAGCUGGGCAUUGCUAAGGCUGGAGCCAGAGGUGUGCUAGGGCAGGGCUGGGCCCCAUCCCUUCUAGGUAGAGGGGACGUUGCCCCAAGGAGGCUAUGAGGUUGCCGAGUUUCCCUCCUUCAAGAGUAGGACUCUUCCCUGUUUGGCCAAGAUAGGAGCUGCUGCAGUUAGGCUUUACCAGUGGGGAGACUCCUGCUCUGGCUCUGCAGCUGGCUCUGGCCUUGCUUGCAUCUCCCUAGAGGAAAGGCAAACCCAGCUAACUUCUCCAGGGACAAACGAGCUUGGAACAGCAAGUGCCUGUCUGCUGGGGCACGAGGCCUUGAUCCUACGCGCAGCUGCAGCUCUGGGCAGGGUGGCAGGUUGCAGCCCAUGCCUGGUGGCCAGGAGCAGCUGCUGGUGUAGCUCAGCUGCUCUCCAGGGGGAGAGCCGGGGUCGCUGCAAGUGUCUGUGUUCCCUCUGGAGUUUGUUGGGUGGCUGUUUUUUCUCGUUUUGUUUUUGUUUUUUGUGAAUUUUUGAAAUCCUGUUUCCUUUUUUUAGCAAAAAGGAGCCUGGUGCACCCCCUGCAGGCAGGGAUAACAGCCUGCUCCAGGUCAGUGCCUGCAGGGAGCAGAUUUGGAGGGUGUUCAGGAAGCUGCUACUGCUCGUGGUGGGAAAGUGCUUGAAAAUCCUGGAAGGGACCCAGUGUAAAUAUCCCCUUUCCUCCAAGGCUCCUCAUGCGGGAGCUGCCAGGGGCCCUGGAGUAGGCACAGUAACCGGGGCUGCUUUUACUUCUGCACUCUCCCCUCCUGAAUGCCUUCUUUGGAGAAAUCCCUCCUGUGAUUUGAGCAGGGAACUGGCCUGGGCCUGCCCGCAGCCUCUGCUGGGUGGAUGAAAUCCCCUCGCCCGCUGGGCAGCCUCCUCGCGGGGAGCACCGCUGGCAGAGUGCAGGCCUGGCCGGGCUGCUGCUGUCCUCUGCAUGUCGCUGGGGCCAGGAUCUGCUGAGGGUGCCCGUCUUUGUCAUUUUUCUCCUCGUAGAGCUGCCCAAGGUCUCUGGUUUGUCUUUCAGGUUAGCGAUGAGCCAUUUCUCCCUGCGGGGAUGGAGAAUUUGCUCCGUUCCACACCUCUGCUUUUUAGCACCUAGGCCAUUCCCCCUCUGGGGUGCUGUCUUACCUGCCCCCGGUCACUCCCUGCUCCCUGCCCCAAGCUGCGCUGUGGUAUCAGAGGUUUUGGGUAGUGCAGAGGGGGCUGCAGCCGUCUGGAUGCCUUGUGGCAAUGUCUGCAAAUCUGACAGAGAGCUGAGCGCCAGUUUGGUCCCUGUUUCCUCUUUGAAGCACAGGGGCCCCUGUGCAAAAUUUUUGGCUUUGCUUUUGUUGCCGGUGUUCCCUGCCUUCUUUUCUGUCGACGUUCAUUAGGUGCAGGGAUGGGGUUUUCACAGUGGUAUUAAGUCACAUUGUUUAUUUCCUUCUAAUCUGCACCGAUCUUGUAUUUCACGGUUUGCACUUUUUGUAUUUCAAUAAAAACGGAAAUGUAAUCCCA